GCUCUGUCGUUGAGGGCGCUUAAGAUGGUGGCUGAAGAACGGUGAAAUACACCGACACAGCAACAGAUACCCAAGACAUAGAAAAAUCUUGGUCUUCUUUAAAUUGCUGAGAUUUGGGGUAACUCCUGGUUCACCCGUAUUUAAUUACUGGAAGAGCUAAGGUCCAGUUCUCCUCUGUGCCCUCCUAAUCAAAGUAUUAAAGUAGCAAUGGCUGAAGUUCCAAACUUGGUGGACAGGCUAGAAAAAGCUGUAGUGCAGCUUGAAUCAGUCUGCAGCAGAUUAUAUGGGCCUGCAUCUCUAAUCAGUGAUGUUGUAAAUGGAGUUAAUGGAGGUCCUUUGCCGUAUGUAGAAGCAUUUGAUACGUUUCUAAUUGACACUGUUGCAGUGUAUCUGAAGAACAGCAAGAUCAUUGGUGGGGAUGUGGAGAAACAUGCUGAAUUGGUUAAUGCUGCUUUCCAGGCUCAGCGGGCUUUUCUGUUGCUUGCAGCCCAGUACCAGCAACCUCACGAGCACGCUGUUCCCAGCCCGAAUGGACUGGGCACAACUACAAACGACUGAAUACCCGAUGUGUCUCCUCCAACCCUGAGAAUAUAAAGGUCU